AUGGCGCCGAGGCCGGAGGAGGCGGGCGGCGGAGCGGAGCAAGCUGCGAGCGCCCCGCCCCUCGGGCCCGGCCGGGAGAUGGCGGCGGUGCUGGCGGGCGGCUCCGGGCGGGCGGCGCGGGAGGCGGCGCGGCGCUCGGCGGUCCACCCGCCCACCCCGGGCGGCUGGGUCUGCGCUCCCGGAGGGAAGCGGUAUCUGCUAACAGAAGAAGAUAUAAAGUUACAAGAAUUUCAGCAGAUGAAAGUGGCAAUUAGAAAUGAGCUUCAUGGCAAUAAAGAUCAAUAUUUCAAAAAUAUUAAAGAAAAACUAAAGAAAAAUGGAAUCAUUUUCAGAAAUGAAUUAAAAAAUUUGCUGCAUUUAUGUCAGACUUCAUCUGAUGUGGAACUAGCCAGAAAAAUUAUUUACAGGUACCAUGAACAGAAUAGAAUCACAGCCUUACAUAAUUUUAAAUUUGGGCCACUCUUUAUGAGGCUGUGUUAUGAGCUAGAUCUUGAAAGACCUGCAGUAGAACUUAUCAAAGAUCAGAAUUUGCAUGGUUUUUUCUCAGACAGUACAUCAUUCCAUAUUUUGAUGACUAUGUUGUUUAAAAAGGGCCAUUUUGAAAGUGCUUUGGAAGUUCUGGUAGAAAUGAAAAAACAAGGUAUACCUUUCAACAAAGAAACCUAUCUACUUGCAGUUGCAAUAUGUUAUAAACUGGGCAACCCAGAGUCUUCCAAAAUCUCUGUGAGACUGCUUGAAGAAGCACAGCUAAAAGGUGACAUGUUACCACUGCGAGCAUAUUGCUUUGCAAUGGCAACUGCUCUCAAGCAGAACGAUGUAGCACAAGCCAAAUUUUACUGUUCCCAGAUAAUGAGAACAGAGAACAAACUAUACAAUAAUCUUAAAGUCCUUGUCCAGCUUAGAUCUGGUUUGCUGAAAGAAGUAAUAAAUACAUUAGAGGCAGCAGUGGAAGUAGAUACUCCUCCCUUUGUGAAAAGAACUGAGUUUUCUGAGCAGGUGCUGGCUACAGUCAGGGAAAAGAUGGAAGAGAGCCCUGACCUUUCUGUCAAAUUAAGAAAUAUUUAUACGAAACUACAAGCUUCAGGACAGAUAACCAUGUGCACGCUGGAAGACAUGCUUUUCCAGAUUCCUAGCUCAAAGAAGACCACUGCAAAGCUUAUCAAUCAGAAACAAUUGGGCUGUCCGGGUGCUAAUCCACUUUGGUCAAAUCUGCUGUUAGGAUAGCUCAGUAUUUGAUGCCAAACUGAACUGUUGAUAGCAUCUCUUAUAAUCCAGGUUCAAAUAAAAUGCCUUUUCCCUUUUUACGCAGUGAGCAGUUUUAAGUUAUUUGUAUAAAAUUUCAUUUUAAAUACUGAUCAUGUAUUCUGUUUUUCAAUUUUGAUCCUAAAAACAAGCUGCAACAGUGGGUAUUUGUGUCUUGUUCAGAAAUGGGAGUGAUAGAAAGGUUUGCCUUUUUCCUUAGGUUCUCAUAUCAGUAUUUUCCUAUGCUAAAUAUUCUGGAAGUGAAAGGAUGGAAAUGAGCAAAGUUGUAUGAGUAUCUGACCUGACUUCUGUGGUUCAUGAGAAGAAAAUUUGGUCUUCAUCAAAUUAAAUAUUCUGACUGAAAGGAUAGAAGCAGGCAAGAGUCCAGGUAAAAGAGCAUGAAAGUGCUUGAACUGUUAAUUCAAAGUCUGUAGAGCUCAAGAGAAUCAGGGGAAGCAUGCAUCUUUUGUUCACUUUAAUGUAUUUUUCUUCUAAAGAAACAUAGUAGUAUUUUUUCCUAUCAACUGGGAUCAUGGAAAUGCCAUGGGAAUUAGCAUGGUAACCAAGUGGUUGCUUUCUCACUUGAAGGAGAUUCCUGAUCAAAAAUCACUCUCAGAGUGAGUGACUGCACAAAUUGCUUCCUUCUCAUUUUCUCAUAUUAAGAUUCCUAGGAUAAGCCAAUCUUGAUGCAAAUUUGCAACUAAGUAAUAAAAAUUAUGAUCACACUUUUAGCUAUAAUUACACCAUCUGCAUAGUUUACCCUAUUUUUUGAUUGAAUAAAAAGUACAAAGAAGCUUUAUUUUGUCCAGCUUUAAUGACUCUAGAUCAAAUGUGCUGGACUCUAGGAAUAAAAAGCUGUUUGUGUCUGUGAGUCCUGUAUACCCAAGAAUCUGAACUCGCUCACCAUCUGGAAUAGAAGGAAUUGGAAAGAGAUAUACCUUGGCUAACAUUUAUGUGCCUUUGGGUGCCUUUGCAUGGGAAAUGAUGAACACGUUGAUAAAAGAGCUUGACAGUCUUGUGAAGACUAGGUGGAACUCAGCUUGAUACUUGCCAAGUUGGGCUGCAUUAUCUCUCCUCUACUUUUUGUUUAUUUAUUUUGUCUCUGCCCCACUCCAGCAAGAGCCAUAACUCAGAAUAUAUUUUCUGUGACUAAAUAUCUGCAUCUAUAUCACUGAAGCCAGUGGGACACUGAAGAAACAAGAACACAUCCAUGCUUCAAAACAAAUGUGGCUUCAGUGGGUGGGAUGUUUCCUUCUUAAGCUCUAGCUCUGUAACUUAUUUCUUUUGUCACAGUGUGUCUUGUUGAUAUUUAAAAGCUACAAAAACUGUUACAAAGUAGAUGGAAUUUCAUGCAAGUAAAGAAUAAUACAAAGUGUGUAUCGCACUUCUGUGAAUCCUGUGUACCCUUUUUAUGAUAAGUACUACAUACAUUAAUCUAAAAACACAGCUAUUACUUUUUCUGUAAUAUUGAGUAGUAUGUAAUUCCACAUGUAGUUUUCCCUUUUUUGAAAAUUCUUUCAACAUUUCCAAUACUAUGUGGACCCUUGAGAAGUUCUCAAUCUUUUCUCCACAAAUAAAUUUGAUAUGAGGUUUGUAAUGGCUACUUGCAGUGUGGCAAAGAUUAGUGGCAAAAAAUUUAAAGAAAUUAAUUACUGUUCAGUUUAUUCUGUUUGUAUGGACAGGAAAACCGUCUGGUGUCAUCCAGUACAAUCAGGACAACUGUUUGCUGUUAAAAGUCUAUAAAUGUCACAUUUUAAAGGCCAUCAAAGACAGUUUGACCCAUUUAGCCUUACAUAGCAAAUAAAUAAGGUCAGUUCUGUUUAAUUUAAUAACUUGGCACUUUAAAACUUGUAUUAAUUGCAAGAAGUUGUUGCAUCCUAGGACUGUGCAUGUGUGUUUGUUCAUUCUAAUCAAAAUUGUUUAGCUUCCUAAUUAAUAGCUUCCUAAUUAAUCCUACCUGCAACUAAAGUAAUCAUAACUUUAAUUAAAAUUGUGAAAAGA